GCUUCCCACGAAAUUGUUGCUUGGCACCAUGGUUCGCGUCUGCAAAACCUGUAGUCCGGGAAUCUCAGAGGGUCCAUCUUCUCGGAAACCUCCUGAGAAAACUACUAAAUCCCGGAAAUCUUCAAAUGUUCAGCAGAAGCCAAAAAGUUCCAAAAAACCGCGAAUUUGUGGACAUAGUGAUGAGCCAGAAUGUCUCGCAGUUGUCAAUCUACCUCUUUCUGGAGAGCCUUCCAACGACGCGUUUUUAAACUCACCAAAUUUCGUUGAUCACACGAAUAAAAAUAUGGUGGACGGCGGACCCCCUCGAUUUUCAGACCUUUUAGAACAGAACUCUGCUUCAGUUCAAGAAGCUGCACUGGACCCAGACAUGCCGGUGCCACUGAAUCAGGCACACCCAGCUUUGCAGAAGCUUUUUCCGCAAAGCUUGCGUUCCUAUCCGCUGAAUCCGCCCGUGCUGUCAAUUACACCAAGAGUCAAUCAAGGUCCGACUAUCGGUAUAGUCGGUGAAUCGCUUCAACUUCAAAAGGAAACCUCCAAUGACACAAUUCGGGCUCAAAUUAUGGAGUGUUUGAAGGAUUCGAAUUUUCGAGGUGACGUCGAACCGGCAGAUUGAGAUACAAAGAACUUGACUUCUGUUUAGUGAGUACUUGACCAUGGUGGAGAAUGCAUGGCAAGACCUGCAACGUUCGACGAGAGAGGAUACCGAAUACGUUGCACGAUUUAUCGCAGAUUACUAUAAAGACACAACAGCCGAUGGAAACUUCUGAGGAACAGCCUGAAAGCUCUCCAGUUAUACCUUAAACAGAAGAUAAUUUCAAGAAGUACAGAGAUAGAACUCCCUUUGAUUAGGAUACACAUUCCGAAUCCUCCGUGAGUUGGAGUAGUCUUUUAUUUAGAAUUAUGAACAACUUUUAGAACUUCUGCAACAAACUACGGACACUCUUGAUACUCUUCAUAAUCGUCUUCAUUUCGAAUUAUAAGCCUCCGAGUUUUUGUUAAGCACCAACGGUUUUUGAGAUUAUCUCAUGUUAUUUGUUAUGAAGGAAUCACCAGACUUUCCCAUUUUCAACCAAAACGCUGCGACUGAGUUGG